AUGCCUGGUCAGAGAUUGUGCAGGCAGGGAAGGAAUGAUUGUAGGCCUGCGGGGCUGCAGGAGACACUGGUAACACUGAGAGCUUCACAAGAACUAUCAGCUAGAGUCUGUAAGGAAUUACUUGUGAGAAGACUUACAGCAAAGAAAGAGACUGCACUACUUGAAGCCAGGGGCUGGCCUGGGAAAGGAAUGAGGUGGGCUGCUGGCCUGAAGAUCAGAUGCAGUGAUGAGGCUGAGGGAGAUAAAGGCACAGUCAUGGACAGCAGCACCCCUGCUUCACCAGCUGGUAAAAAGUGA